CACUGAGCACAACAUUUUUUCACAAUUUCUCCCUUGGUGUUAAGAAAAAGAAAGAAAGUCAUAUAGGGUUACAAAAACACAGGUGUGAGUAAACAAUGACUGAAUUUUCAUUUUUGGGUGAACUAAUCCUUUAACUAUAAAAAUGUUCUUAAAAAAAUGGGUUUAAAGUACCUUCACUGAAAGGUUCUUUGGGGAACCAAAAAAGUUUAUUCUAUGGCAUCUCUGUGAAAUUGUUAAGAGUGUAAAGUUGGCUUACUUUAAUGUUUCUAAUGUUUCCUUUUCAUAGUUUGCUAGAUACAGCCAAUUCCAGCCAAGAAGGAAGUCUUGAUACUUCCCUAUUUUGGAAAUUUGUCCCUGAGAAUUCAGGUUAAAAGAAAAGAGAUCCAAGAGUUUAAGGAAGAACUUUUCCAACUAGAAGACAAGAAGCAAAGACUGAUGAAGCUGCAGGAGCAUCUGAGAGAGGAGCAUGCGGGUCAGGUGAAUGAACUGCAUAAUCAGUUGAAGGAGCAAGAGAGGAACCUGGAGCAGAGCGAGCUGGCAUAUAAAGACCAGGUGGAGAGCGCUGUCCAAAGCAACCUAGAGCUGAAAUGUAAGCAAGAGAAAGAACUAGAAGAACUGUGCUGUAAGCUUGAGAGGCUGCAGGUGCAGCUGGAGGAAGUGCAGGCAGAGAGACAGGAAUGGCUGCAGUAUAAGAAUGAGGGCAGCAUGGAAAACCAGCAAAAGAUCCAAAAACUGGGAAAAGAUAUUGCUUCAACACAAACGAUAUUCCAGGAGAUGUCAGAAUACCUUCAGAGAUCUCUGACAGAUGCUGUUGAAGAAAUUGACAAAAAGACAGCACAGCUUCAUGAUGAGACUAUGCAACAGGCUGUUGAGAGAGCAUUUGAAAACCUGGACAAUCACAUUAAACGGAGCAUCAAACUAUAUGAUUGCCUGAAAAAAGAGGUUGCCGUCUACAUUAAGGAGGUCUCAGUAUUUGAAUCCACUGUCCAGCAAUUAGAAAAGGAGAACUUGGAACUUGUGAAUAAGCUUUUAAAAGACCUAGAUGAUCUUAGCCUCGGGAAUGCAUUUCAUGCCCAUAAUGCAAGGCUUGGGUCCUAUGACGACACCCAUCUGGACGUUACCAUAAUGAAAAUAAGCCCUGAGGAAACACCAGAGUUGGUCGGCAGACCCCCAUAUACCCUCCAGCCCCUAGCGGAAGCCGAGGGGGCUCAACAUAAAAGAGAUGUGACUGAUUCUGGCAGCAUAACCCCUUCCAUCGCACUUGACCUCAGCAAAAUAUUCUACAGCAGUGAGACUGAUUUCAUGGGGCUGAUGCAUCUGGGCCCAUUGGAGCAGAGGUUCCUGUGUGUGGUAGGUAAGGCUGCUACCCUACACCCACUACCAUCGGAUCUCCAGAUGUCCCAAACUGAGAAGUGGCCUGUUACCUCACAGAUCAUCCAGGAGUUUCAAAAGCCACAAACAUCAACACAGUGUGGAAAAACAGACACAAAUGACACCUGUUUGUCACAGAUUUAGUUGUUCAAAGCUUGAAAAUCAUACUUUGGAUAAAACAAUUAAAAUACAGGGAAUUUUAAAGCAGGCUUGUCUUUUUUUCCUCCUAUCAAGAAUACUUUAACCUUAUUAACACUCAAUGUUAAAAAGAGAGGCCAAACAAAGGUCUUAAAAGCAUAGUUAAUCGAAAAGAAUAAUUCUGUCAUUAUUUACUCACUAUCAUGUUUCAACCAUAUGACUUUCUUCGUUCCAUUAAAAACAAAAGAUGUUAGGCAGACUGAUUGCCUCAGUCAUUUUAUUGUAAAGAAAAAUAAAUGCAAUGAAAAUGAAUGAAGACUGAGACUAACAUUAUGCCUAAGGGGCUGUUCAGGCCGAAUGACUUCUUCCAGUCACAGCACAAUCCAGCUGUGCAGGCAACACGCAGCUGGUCAACGGAGAAUGGCCAGAUUGGUUUGAGCUGACAGAAAGGCUACAGUAACUCAGAUAACCACUCUACAAUUGUAGUGUGCAGAAUAGCAACUCAGAAUGCACAACACUUCAAACCUUCAGGCAGAUGGGCUACAAAACCAGCAACAAUUAUACGAAUAUUUAUGAUUACUCGAUCGGCAUAUCAUGUAAAAAUGUAAGAUUAACAGUCCUAGUUGACUUUUUUUUUACUUAAACAUGAGACGCUUCUAUGUGAGACACGUGCAAUUGUCAAAGACGUCAUCUAUUGCAUACAUGUAUAGAAAAAUUAUUGAAAAAGCGCAGAUGGGCACAAAAACACAUUCGUUGUGAAUGACCCCAAACAUCCCUAUUUGUGUUCCACAGAAGUCAGUCGUAUGGGUUUGAACAAACGCCAGAGGAUGAGUAAAUGACGACAGAAUUUUCAUUUUUGAGCGAACUACCAGCUGAACAGUCAACAUAAAGUUUAAUGUAAAACAACUUAAACACAGACACACACAACGUGGCCGCGUGCGUCUCUCUCUCUCUCGAACUGGUGUCUCCGGCUCCCCUUUAUCUCGCUCUCCCGCUGAUCAACUGAUUCAGCGCCGGCCGUGCACCCUAACAGCCCAGCC